CUCAAGCAAAAAAACUAACCUCAAAACGACAACAUCAACAAGAACCAUUGACAAGAACAACAACAACAAAACAGAAAUACUCUCCUUUUCUCUAUUUUUUUAUGUAUAAUUAAAUGUAUUUACAAGCGUUCUACGAUCAAUUACCUAGAGUUCUUAUUCUUUAGCAGAAAAAUUUAAGAGAAUGGAUCCAGAAUUUAUUGCAAGAUUGAUACCACAAACAAAAGAGCAAAUACGACCAGCGUGUAAAAAAUGUGGCUACGCCGGUCAUCUAACCUAUCAAUGUCGUAACUUUAUAAAAGUUGAUCCGAACAAAGAAAUAGUUUUGGAUGUAAGCAGUACAAGUUCUGACAGUGAUGAAAACUAUGUCACUCCUUUAACGGAAUUACGUGAAAAGGAGUUGAAGAAAAAAUUGAAGGAGGCAAAGAAAAAGAAGAAAAAGGAAAAGAAAAAGAAAAAAUCCCGUAAACGUUCAUCAUCCUCAUCAUCAGAGAGCAGUGAUUCUGAUUCAUCGGAUUCGGAAAAUUCAUCCGAUGAUGGAAAAAAGAAGAAGAAGCGAAAAAAGAAGAAAAAGAAGUCCAAGCAUAAAAAACGAAAGCACAACUCCUCGGAUAGUGAUGAUUAAAAAUUUGUGUUUUAAUAAAUUAGCCAAUUUUUUAUUUUUUUUUGACGAAAACGUGUUGUUUCAAUUAUUUUUGCAAACUUUUGCCUUAUAAGAUUUUUGCGACUAUUUUUCGCAAUAUUAAUAAAGAAAUUCAUUUUUAAA